UGAAGAGUUGAGAGAAAGUAAAAAAAACGAAAAAAAUAAAUUCAAAGAGGGUUGAAAGACGGAGGUAGAGUGGAUUGCAGCGUCGCGUGGAAGCGGCGGCGACGAGAUCGAACAAAACCGAUAUCGAACACCACUAUUUCACGAUUAACGAACAAAACCGUUCUCGCUUGGCGUAACGAGAUCGAGAGUGAGAAAGAGGAAUGGGGAGAAGGAUAUUGAACGAUGCGUUGAGGAGUAUGGUGAAUGCUGAGAAGAGAGGGAAAGCUAUGGUGGAGCUUAAACCUAUAUCCAAUGUUAUCUCUUCUUUUCUCCAUAUCAUGAAACACCGCGGAUAUAUCAAGGACUUUCAGGUCUAUGAUCCCCAUAGAGUGGGGAGGAUCACAGUUGAACUACAAGGUAGAAUUAACGAUUGCAAGGCCCUUACAUACCGACAAGACCUUAAGGCAAAGGAUAUUGAAGCUUAUAGAUUGAACACUCUUCCAACACAUCAGUGGGGUUAUGUUGUGAUUACAACUCCUGAUGGUGUUUUGGAUCAUGAAGAGGCCGCAAAAAGGAAUGUAGGUGGUCAGGUUCUUGGUUACUUUCACUAAAACUGUUGUUUACCUUGUUAUUUAGGCCAGUCACUGUCUUCAGCUAAGUUUCCUGAUAAGCUUUCAAUGAAUUUUAUGAAAGAAUGUUUUCAGCAAAGGAGGUUUUGUUUUCUAUUAUUACUUUGUCCUGUAUGAAUUAUGUGGCAGUUCAUGCAUGAUGAGCGUGAUGCGUUGGAUCACAAUCUUUGUGGAAAUUAGUCAUGUUUAUGUUAAAUAAUAGACUAGACUUGAAUGGAAACCGUAUCAUCUUAGUUGUAAUCUACUUUAAAUACAAUGGCUCUUGUGUAAUCCAUAAUUGAUUCAAGUUCAACCAUUCUGCAACACUAGUUUUCUUA